AUGAGUGAGAAAUGGGACUCAUACUCUUCAGAAAAUUGGCAUCGUACUUUGAGUAUCAAUGACACCAAGUAUUAUCUCUACGCAGAUAACAAUAUAACCUAUGUGAACUACUAUCUUCAUCAUGCUCGAGUGGCAGCGAUCUUCAUUAUUUCCUACUUUCUGAUCUUUUUCCUGUGCAUGGUGGGAAAUACAGUGGUCUGCUUUAUUGUAAUGAGGAACAAACAUAUGCACACAGUCACUAAUCUCUUCAUCUUGAAUCUGGCAAUAAGUGAUUUACUAGUAGGCAUAUUCUGUAUGCCUAUUACGCUUCUGGACAACAUUAUAGCAGGGUGGCCAUUUGGAAGCGUAAUGUGCAAAAUCAGUGGUUUGGUUCAGGGAAUAUCAGUUGCAGCUUCAGUCUUUACUUUGGUGGCAAUAGCAGUUGAUAGGUUUCGGUGUGUUGUCUACCCUUUUAAACCCAAGCUCACUAUCAAGACAGCAUUUGUCAUUAUCGUGAUCAUCUGGGUCCUGGCCAUUGCCAUUAUGUCUCCAUCUGCGAUAAUGUUACAUGUACAAGAAGAAAAGUAUUACCGAGUGAGGCUCAACUCUGUGAAUAAAACCAUGCCAGUCUACUGGUGCCGCGAAGAUUGGCCGCAUAAGGAAAUGAGAAAGAUCUACACCACUGUGCUGUUUGCUAACAUCUACGUGGCUCCCCUGUUUCUCAUUGUCAUCAUGUACGGAAGGAUUGGAAUUUCACUCUUCAAGGUGACAGUGCCUCACGCAGGGAAGCAGAACCGGGAGCAGUGGCAUGUGGUGUCCAAGAAGAAGCAGAAGGUCAUUAAGAUGCUCCUGAUCGUGGCCCUGCUUUUUAUUCUCUCCUGGCUGCCCUUGUGGACUCUGAUGAUGCUCUCAGACUAUGCUGAACUGUCUGCAAAUGAACUGCAGGUCAUCAACAUCUAUGUCUACCCAUUUGCACACUGGCUGGCCUUUUGCAAUAGCAGCAUCAACCCCAUCAUUUAUGGUUUCUUCAAUGAGAAUUUUCGCCGUGGUUUUGAAGAUGCUUUUCAUCUCCAGUUCUGCCAAAAAAGAGCACAGCCCAAGGAAACCUAUGCCCUAAGGGCUAAAAACAAUGUGGUCAUAACUACAUCUCAUCAGUUAGCUCAUGAACCUAAAAAUCAAAACCCACAUGAGGAAAAUUUGCUUUAG